AAGGACAAAACAAAAAGGGAGGGAGGGAGGAGGAGCUUGCUAGCUUGCGUUUAGAUUAGUGAAGCCCCCAGAGGGUCUAAACCCAUCUAACCUCAUCCUCCGGCGCUCAUUUAAGACCCCCAUUUGUCGAAGAGAGCAGCAGCGGUGGUGGACCGGUGGUAGAAGGGACGGCGGAAGGGCAGUGAAACAGAGCAAGAAAGGGGGGAGAAAAGGGAAAAGGGUGGGAGCUUAGUUAGAGAGAGAAGGGAAGGGAAGGGAAGGGAAGGGAAGAGAGAGAGAGGAUGGUGGGCUCAGGAGGAACAGAUAGGAGCAAAGAAGCAGUUGGGAUGAUGGCCCUUCAUGAGGCCCUCAGAAGCGUCUGUCUCAACUCUGACUGGACUUACUCUGUUUUCUGGACCAUCCGUCCUCGCCCGAGGGUUAGAGGCGGCAAUGGCUGCAAGGUCGGGGACGACAACGGAAGCUUGAUGUUGAUGUGGGAAGAUGGGUUUUGCCGAGGAAGAGUUGCAGACUGUUUGGAGGAGAUUGAUGGGGGAGAGGAUCCCGUCAGGAAAGCCUUCAGCAAGAUGUCCAUUCAGUUGUAUAAUUAUGGAGAAGGGUUGAUGGGGAAGGUGGCCUCGGAUAAGUGCCACAAGUGGGUCUUCAAGGAACCUUCUGAGUGUGAGCCGAACAUCUCCAACUACUGGCAGAGUUCUUUCGAUGCUCUUCCUCCUGAAUGGACUGAUCAGUUUGAGUCAGGAAUUCAGACUAUUGCCGUAAUUCAAGCUGGGCAUGGACUUCUCCAGUUAGGCUCCUGCAAGAUUAUCCCGGAGGACCUCCAUUUCGUGCUUAGGAUGAGGCACACCUUUGAGUCUCUCGGUUACCAGUCGGGAUUCUACCUCUCUCAGCUCUUCUCCUCUAACAGAAAUACUUCAUCCUCUUCAAUUCCCAUGAAAACCCCCACCAUCCCGAGCCGCCCGCCUCCUGCAGCCCUGUUCAAUUGGGCGCAGAGGCCACUCCCUGGACCCCCAGCUUCCAUGCUCUCGAACCCCAACUUUCAGAAUCGUCUCGCAUACUCUCAAUCAAAGGACGAACCCCACAUGUUCAUUCUACCCCACCACUCGAACGAAGCCCGGAUGGAAGAAAUGAUGGGAGAGCAGCACGAGAACGACAUCAAGUGGCCCAACGGUCUUUCCUUCUUCAAUGCCUUGACAGGCCGAGCCGACGAGGCCAAGCUCCUAUUCAACCCCGAGGGUCUAGGGAACAAGCCCGAGCAUCAUCCAAACCACCCACACCCUCUCUUCCUCGAUGGGAAGAGCCCAAAUGACGUGGGCCCUGCUAACCCGAACGAGUUCCUGAGCCUGGACAGCCACUCAGAGAGUGCCAGGAAGAUGGAGAACAAGUUCAAGAGGAGCUUCACAUUACCUGCAAGGAUGACCAAUUCGUCUUCCUCGGCCUCAGUGGAUCAGCAGCCGGUGGAAUACCGAGGCUCAGAGCCCGGGGUUUACUCCGAUAUGGAGCCUUUCUUGGAGUGAGAACUCUCCAUGCAAUCGAAACGAACAACUAGAGAAGCUUGUUAGAUGCUUUAGGAACCGUAAAAGGUGAUAGUUUGUAUGUAGGGAAAAAAAAAAUGUCGCUACUGUCGUUUUUUCUUUCUUCUGUGUCUGUUUUUCUCGUUGUUUUCGUUAUCCUUCUCUUCUGUACCAUCAACUCAUCGAACUUAAGGAUUGAUCAUCUAAUUAGUUUCUUCCCGUGUUAUUUUCUCAGAA